ACAAGGGCAAGGGCCGGCGCACGUCUGUGGCCUGUGGCGGCGCUGCAGAUGAGGUGGAGUGUGGGUAGCUGGCCGUCGGGGAAGUCGGCCGGCGGAUCCCCCACCGCAGGCAGGCGGCGCACUCGAGGGAGGGGAUGCUACAAAUACUUAUUGGAUCCUAAUGACCGAGAGGGUCAGUUCUAUGGUUGUCCAGGAGACAGUUAGCCAAAUUCUGUCUGGUCUGAUUCACAGUUACGAGGGCAAAGGAGACUCAAAUCCAAAUGAUAACUUGGAGAGGCUUGAGAUGGCGCAUAUCAAGUUGGAAGCUGCUCUUGAGACAUGCAGCAAGUGGCACAUCACUGAUUUGUCGUUGUUGCGUUGGCGCAAGAAGCUGAAGCGAGCUGCUCAAGAGUGUGAUGACACGCUAUACAAAUACAAGAAGAUGAUCCUUGAAGAUGAACAGAUGGAACAGGAGGUUAGGAAUUCCUACUUUCCUAGACGAAUAGCGCAUGCUACCAAAUCUUUCAUUUUCUCUGCCUUUGGCCACAACAACUACGAGUCCAGCAGAUCUGCUGUUCGAAGAUUCGAGUGGUAUGCAGAUGGUGCUAGUGAGUUUCUGAGAUUCGUAGAGCUUGGUGGCGCACCUUGCUGUCACAUGCCAUUCAACUCUUUUGCCAAGCACCUUUUUGCAGGCAAGGAACUACAGCACAAAAUUGUUCGUGGAAACGAGUACCCUUUGUUUCUACUAUGGUUGAUGCCCUUUGUUACGGAAGAGCAUGGAAUCGAAGCUUGCCUGAUAUUUAUCAAGAAAGACGGAAAUACACUGGAGGAUGACUUUUUCUUUAGUGUAAUACUGCAGCUUUCAGAAAGUACAGACAUAGUUGGGAUCACAAUGAAGUGCUUGCAGUUGUUCCCCCAUCAUUUUCAGCCCACAGUUGAUACUAUCAAGAAAGAACUUACUCAACUAACUACACAGGACUUUUCAUGGGUGCCAUAUGUUGAUCUAUGGCACAGAAAACACUGGGACAAUCUUCAUAGGUUUAGCACUCAAUGGUUUCGCCCAGAUCCAUUAUGUUGCAAGCAGCAUGAUCAGCAUAAGCUUCAGUAUAGCAACCUAGGCACAGUUGAUGCUUCUCUGGAUUCAAUUAUUGAAGUAAAUAUGCAGUGUCAGAUCUCGCUACCCAAGUACAACAACCAUCGGACCGCACUGUCUGAAUGCAAAUAUUCUCUGCGCGAUUAUCAAAAGCUGAAAGCUGGAUUCCUCUUUACUCCCCAUUGUCCUUCAGAAAACAUGCUACCUGCAGAUACAAGUUCUACGAUGGUGCCGAUCUUCAGGAGGGGACAACAUUGCGAGGAUACUGACAUUGCCUUGGAACAACUGAAAGAAAUCAUGAUGUCAAAGGCGAUAGAUUACUUCCGACAAUACACUGAAGCGACAGUCUACCAAAUACUUUGGAAGGCUAUACAUGGCACUGCGUACAUUCAUUUUGAAAAGCCAGCCAUGGAGGCUCCAGGUGCACGGAGAAGUUUUAGGGGAGCUAGGAAAAGAAAACUAGUCCAACCAAUGGACCAGGAUGUGCAGCAUCGGACGCGUAUGAUCUCUCACUUGCUCGACUUAUGGGCUCCACAUGCUCCCGUUAGGCUACGAGGCUUGAUCUUGGACUGGAUUCAGAAAGAAAAGGAAAGCCAGUUAGCAGCACCAGUGCACCACUGUUGCACCUGACGUUCUGAAUCAAUUAACCUGGAGAGAUAACAGGAACACAUCAAAGGUUGGCUUACUACUCACAAAAGGGAGCAAAUCUGUCAGAAAAAUAAAAGGGCGGAUAUACAGGGACCAGGGUGAUAGAAAUUUGGGUCAAAAGCUAUGUUUCCAGUGAAGAGGAUCAAACCCAUACCAUGAAGGUCUUGAGUUACAUAUCAAUAGUUUGUGUUCUGUUGGUCACAAAAAUAGGAAGUACUACUAUCAACCUACAUUAGAACUUAUGAAAGUGUAACACAUCACUUGUUCUCAGUUUGAGUUAUGCAUAUAUGACCAGCUGAUCAUGUGAUGGGAAUAAAAAAAGUGAAACAUAUUUGUAACUAUAUGUUUUUUUUUUGUGUGAGCUUUGAGAUGGUGGUUAUGCCAUGUUUUACUCGAAUUUAAAGGUUGCAACUUCAGCUUAUUUAUAUACUGUAUUAAUUAAA